AUGCAGUCUUCACCAAACGUUCGCGCGCCCGCGUCUCCUAAUGACUCGGCGCCUGACUCCCCUUCCAUCCUCCUCAGCAACGUCUCGCCUGUGCCCCCCAGCCCUCGUAAGAGUGUGCGGCUGGCUUCCAGGGACGCAGGGUCUGUGCGCACUUACCUCGCGGCGCGGGGUGUCGUGCCCGGCCCUGACGCUACGUCGCUCCAGCUCCAGAGCCUCUUCGACCAGCUGUCGGCGGGCUCGACCUCACCCCUCCGGGACCCGGUUCCCCCUCCCCGCAAACACCUCCCUCCUCCGGCCAUCAGGGAUCGCCCUCCCGGGUGUAAGACUGUGUUUGUGGGCGGUUUACCAGAGAACUCUACUGAGCAGACCGUGGAGGAUGUCUUUGGUCCAUGUGGACCCAUCAUCGCCAUCCGCAAAAGCAAGAAAAACUUCUGCCACAUUCGCUUUGCCGAGGAGUACACCGUGGACAAGGCGCUGUACUUGUCUGGUUACCGCAUCCGCCUAGGCUCCAGCACCGACAAGAAGGACAGCGGGCGUCUCCAUGUGGACUUUGCUCAGGCCAGAGACGACUUGUACGAGUGGGAAUGUUUUCAGCGGAUGUUGGCACGGGAGGAGCGCCACCGACGCAAGGUAGAAGAGGACCGGAUGAGACCGCCUUCCCCUCCUCCCAUCGUCCACUAUUCAGACCACGAGUGCAGCCUGCUGGGGGACAAGAUCAAAGAUGAUGUGGGCUUUGCGGAGGCAGUGCAGGUGCUCGUGACCUGGCUGGAGCGAGGGGAAGUCAAUCGUAGGAACGCCAACAACUUCUACUCCAUGAUCCAGCUGUCCAACAGUCACAUCCGCCGACUGAUGAGCGAGAAAGCACAGCACGAGAAGGAAAUGGAAGAGGCCAAGGACAAGUUCAAGAGCGCUCUGGCCGGUAUACUGGGCCAAUUUGAACAGAUUGUGUCUGUAUUCCAAGCCGCUUCCAAACAAAAGGCAUGGGACCAUUUCACCAAAGCUCAGCGCAAGAAUCUGGAUGUUUGGCGCAAGCAAGUACAGGAGAUCCGAAACAUGCACAAUGAGCUGCUCAUGGGCAUAAGGCGCGAGGAAGAGAUGGAGAUGUCUGAUGAUGACAUGGAAGAUCCCCCCAGCAGCAAACUCUCCGAGGACUCAGCCGUGUCUCAAGCCGAAGCCUUGAAGGAGGAGAAUGACUCUUUGCGCUGUCAGCUGGAUGCCUACAGGAACGAGGUGGAGCUCCUCAAACAAGAACAGAACAAGAACCAGCCACAGAGGAGUGAGGAGGAAAGCACUCACUCACAGCAGCUCAGCUUCCUCCAGCAGGCGCUCCAGGGCAUGCAGACGCAACUCCUUAAAAUGCGUGAAGAGUUGAAACAGCGGGAGUCUGAUCUGGAGAAGAGUUUGGACGACAAACACCAGCUGAAAAAAGAAGUCCAAACACUGAAGGACGGUCUGCAGAAUCUGAAAAGUCUGAAAAAUACAGAAGGAAUGCAGCUGGAGACGUCGCUGGCAGACGAGCGAGGCCCUGAGGAGAACGCUGAUCAAACCAGUGAAGCUGCCGUGGCGUCCACAGUUGUGUCCUGCAGUCAGGAGAAAGAAGCUCCAACAGAGAGGAGUCCACAGAGUCCAGUCCAGUCCGAGAGAGAAGCCCUGCUUGUCGGAAUCAUCUGCACAUUUCUGCACGUUCACCCGUUUGGAGCCAGCCUUGAGUACAUCUGCUCCUAUCUGCAGCGUUUGGACUCCAAGAUCAGCAGCAGUGAAGUGGAGCUGCUCCUCUCUCGCCUGCCCUGCACCUUCAGACAGGACCUGACCGGAGUCGGAGCCAGUUUAGAGAAACGCUGGAACUUCUGCGGCUUCAGAGGCAUCAGCAGUUUAUAG